AAUAUCAUAAAAAUGAGUAAAGCUCAAGCCGUCGGUUCAAACUACAGAGUCUCUCUUGGUCUCCCAGUCGGUGCUGUCAUGAACAGCGCUGAUAACUCUGGUGCCAAAAACUUAUAUGUCAUCGCUGUUAAAGGUAUUAAAGGUAGAUUAAACAGAUUACCAAGUGCCGGUGUUGGUGAUAUGUGUAUGUGCACUGUUAAAAAAGGUAAACCAGAAUUAAGAAAGAAAGUUUGCACUGGUUUAGUCGUCAGACAAAGAAAACACUGGAAGAGAAAGGAUGGUGUUUACAUUUACUUCGAAGAUAACGCUGGUGUUAUGUGUAAUCCAAAAGGUGAAGUCAAAGGUAACAUCUUAGGCCCAGUUGCCAAAGAAGCCUCAGAUUUAUGGCCAAAAGUUGCCACCAAUGCUGGUACCAUCGUUUAAACUCUUUUAUAAAUAAAAAUCAAUUAUAAAAAAAAUUAAUACAGCGCGUAAUUCAUUCAGAUAC